GAAAAGUCAAUGUCAGUCAAGAGGUCUGAUCUUAAUUAAUCAAAAAUGAAUCCAAACAGUGAAAGUACGAGCAAUAUAUUUAUGCUGGAUGACAAGAAUAAAGACGAAGGUUCUGGAAGUUUGAAAGACGUUUUGAAACAAUAUGAUGCUUCAAUCGAGCAAAAACCAAGCAACGAAGAGAAUGAGGAUAUUGUAAUACCCACAGAUAAUAAACAAAUUGAUGUUGAAGAAAAUAUUGCAAACGUUGAUGCUAGAGAUGACAAGAAUAAAGACGAUGGUUCUGCGAGUUUGAGAAACGCUUUGAAACAAUAUGAUGCAUUAAUCGACCAAAGACCAAGCAACGAAAAUAAUGAGGAAAUUUUCAUACCUACAGAUAAUGAUCAAAUUGAUGUUGAAGAAAAUAUCGCUGAUGCUAGAGAUGAUGUUAAUGCAGGUAGUGAAACUGAUGCUAAUAUUGAAUCAAUUGCCGAUGUUAAGCUUGCUGAUGAUCUUGAUGACGCUGUUGUCAAUGAUAAAAAUGAUUAUUCGAAUUCAAAAGAUAGUACUGAUGCUAAUGCUGAUAUCAAAAGUGAAGUUGUAGCGGGCGAUGAUAAAGAUCCAGCUUCAACUACUAUGGUCGACAAUGCCCGUUCUGAUGCUGAUAGUUCUGAUGAGAAGGAGCCACGAAAAAGAAGUCGUGUGGAGGAAUCCGAGAAAGACAAUUUGGAAAAUAUCCAAGUGGAAGAUGAAAGUCAACAGAGACCAUCUACUGAAAACAACCUCAAAUCUCCCGAUAAACACGAGAAUAUAUCUGAGGAGGAAUCUUCAGGAUCUCUAGAAUCAGAAAUCAACAUCUGCAUUUCUGACACUAAACUUCAGGAUUUACGACAAAAAAAAUCUUUGAAGGUGAAAAUCCAGAAGUUGUUUGGAUUUCAUCAAUCAAUGACCCAGAGAGAAUUCGAUAGUCAGAUUCAAAUAUUGUAUAAGUGCUGCCUCAAGAGUGUACGAGAUCUACAUGAGCUACAUCUUCGAAGGAUAACAGGAAUGGAAAUACUAGAUGACCUGAUUUCGAGAGCGAAGCCCACCUUCUUGAGUAUUGCUCAUGUUAUCCACAUCACAUGGAGUAUAAUGAGUUGCCUGCACCACUUCCAAUUGAGAUUGCGAACUGUCUCUGGAGGACUAGUGGCUUGGACCAGGAGAAGAACAGCAGAACGUUGCAUGGCGUCCUAUUCAAAACUGAUAAGGAUAUUCAGACCAGAAAUGCAUCGUAUAAUUUUGAAUGCUAUAAUAACUUUCUACAGAGAAGGAAAACUAUGGCAAAUUGAGUUUGCUUGCACUGAACUUAUUGUACAGCUGUUGGAAGUUUACAAAUAUGCCGAGGAGGGUAUCGAAGAUAUGCUAUAUACAAUUGAAACAUCUACUCUGGUUAAUGUUCAUGAAGCGAAGUAUAUCGUCCAAGUAUUAUAUGAAAUUCUGAAGAAGAUCAGAUGGAAACGCAUGUCUGAAUAUCUAAUGAAAAAAUUCUUGUCGAUGUUAGAGAGCAGCAUACUGCCAAAGUCCACAGACAACUAUAACUAUUCGCCAUUGAGAAAAGGACUCGAGAUCUGUUUGAUAAAUACGAUUGGAAACUUAUACACCAGAGAUCUGAUAAAAUUGCUGUAUUUAAUACUGAAGAAAAUGAAUGCAAAACAAAUUGAUGAAGAGACUCUGCUGUGUUUUGGAAAUGUCGCAGUGUAUGCUGCUAAGAAAUACAGGAUCAAGUCCUUGCGAGCAACGAUCCUGAAAGGUCCCUUACCACUUAUAUUCAACCUAUUCAAGGCUAAGAAUUCUCUCCUCAUGCUCUUGGCGACAAGAAUCUGGCAGAAUUUGAUAGAUCGGAAUAACAACGCCAUAAUAUUCCUGACACCAAAGAUUUUCUUCCAAGAUUGCAAUUAUGCUCUGAAUAUUAAGAAAUGUUUGGAAGAAGACAAAGCAUUCUUCAAAUCCGUACGACAUCUCGUAUAUCAGAUCUCCUUGAACAAUUUCUUCAACGCCCAAAAUAGAAUGGGUAUCGAAAACUCCUUUCAAGCUGUAGCGUUGACACUUGUUGAGAUACCAUGUGGAUAUACAGCUUCAUGCUUCAUCACAGUAGCAAUGACUUUGCAGGAAUAUGCUUUCAGUAUUACCAAAGACGAUUUGGUUAGGUCUCAUCAUCUUCAUGCAACGAUUCUGUCACUCUUGACGCUGAUAUGUUAUAUCCAUAAUGCUGUAGUGUUUUAUGAUUAUGUGAAUACCGUUAUGGAAAGAAGAGCAGAAUGGGCCCCUCAUCUUAAUCCACCCUUGAAAACUCAUUAUGAAUAUGCGCAACAUCACAUUCUGUGGAAUAAACCAGAGUUAUUUUUUGAAGACUGGGAAGCUAGUUAUGGUCUGUGGAAGUGCUUUAGAGUGAAGAAGAAACCAAUUCAGUUGGAAAGACCAGAAUAAAAUGAAUACAUUCUGAUGAUUACAAUAUAAUGGGAUAUGUUGUGAUGGGGAUUAAUACUGAGAACAAUAAUUAACUGUAGACAAUAAAUAAUUCAGACAGAA